AUGUCUACUUCAACGAGUCAUCGCUACAAUGCCAGUACUAUCUUGACUGCCGUGGAUCAAAGUUUAAAGACCCACUACGGCGAUGUGUCGGUAGACCUAUCAGACAACCACGUGACCUAUGAGGAGGCGUUGCUAUCCACUGUGUACGCUGUGCAGAAUCUACCUGCAAAUGGUCACAAGUACAUUGGCCUUCCUUCCACUAACCCAGCCCGGCGCGCGGCUUUACGGAAACUUGCUUUGGACACCGACGUGCUUUCAUCGUCGACAUCAAAUAAUGCACUUCCAAUUCGUUCUUCGGGGCAGCUAAGCUCCCAGCCGACGCCAAAACCUGUGUCGAGAGAACGCCGCGCCGCCUUCAAAGCCCAUUUCUUUGGGGAAAACGAGCCCCCAUACCGAGCGCCUUACGUCUUGCGACUCACAGCUUCUAUCACCGAGCACAGACUGGCCACAAUCUACGGUCAAGUCACUGUUGCCGCUAUAGACCAUGAGGACAGCAUGCCUAAAGCGACAAUGGAGCAUGCAGAACUUCUGUGGGACACUGGUGCUCAUGAGACAAUCAUCACAUCCGAUUUUCUCCCAUCUAAUUUUGUCAGUUUCCUUCAAACGGAUCCAAUCAAUGACCCCUAUCGUCUCGCCUCAAAAACUAAGGUCCAAGUCAGUUUUACCUUGGAAUUCUCAAAUUCUAUUUUAUUCUUGGAAACCUCAGCUACCGUCGUUCAGAAAGAAACCGUACCCAACCACCGAUCCGGUAUAAUUCUCGGACAGAAGGGCUGCAUCGAAAACAUGCAAUACCGUUCAAUUCCUCGUGCUAUUCUUGAGGUACAAGGCCAGAAACCGGGUACCAAUGUUUGGGGUGAUCUUAUCAUAGAGAGUUUCCUUCAUUGGGAUGGUUCUCUGAUUAUCCCUUAG